AGGCCGAAGGAUGGUUGGAAGGUGUACAGCUCGGCCCAGGAUGCAGAGGGGAGGUGUAUCUGUACAGUGGUGGCUCCUGAACAGAACCUCUGCUCCAGAGACGCCAAGGAGGGACAGCUCCGUCAGCUACUGGAGAAGGUCCAGAACAUGUCCCAGUCCAUUGAGGUACUGAACCUGCGGACUCAGAGAGACUUCCAGUACAUCAUGAGGAUGGAGGGCCAGUUCAAAGGGCUAAGGUCAAAGUUCAGACAGGUAGAGGCCGACGGGAAGACACAGGUCAACAGAAACUUCCAGGAGUUGAAGGGUAAGAUGGAGACCCUACAGCCUCUGAUCCCGGUGUUGGAACAGUACAAGACAGAUGCCCAGCUCAUCGUCCAGUUUAAACAGGAGAUCAGGAACCUCUCCAUGGUGCUCACAGCCAUCCAGGAGGAGAUAGGAGCCUACGACUCUGAGGAACUACAACAGAGGGUCCUGAGUCUGGAGAGCAGGCUACGCAACUGCAGGAGCAGACUCACCUGUGGUAAACUGAUGAAGAUCGCUGGACCGGAGACGGUGAAGACCUCUGGGACAAGGUUUGGAGCCUGGAUGACAGAUCCACAGGCCUCCCCUACAAACAAUAAGGUCUGGUACAUGGAUAGCUACACCAACAACAAGAUCGUCAAAGAGUACAAGUCCAUAGCAGACUUUGUUUCCGGGGUCGAGUCUCGAACCUACAACCUGCCGUUCAAGUGGGCCGGGACCAACCACGUGGUGCACAACGGCUCUCUGUACUACAACAAGGUCCAGAGCAACAUCGUGGUGUGUUACUGUUUCGAGACAGGGCGCGUUGUGACCCAGAGAGCCCUGGAGAACGCCGGCUUCCACAACGUCUACCCUUACACCUGGGGAGGCUUCUCCGACAUAGACCUCAUGGCCGACGAGCUGGGUCUGUGGGCCGUCUACGCCACCAAUCAGAACGCCGGAAACAUCGUCAUCAGCCAGCUCAACCCGGAGACACUACAAAUCCUCGGAACAUGGAACACGGAAUAUUCCAAACGGAACGCGGGGGAGUCCUUUAUGAUCUGCGGAACACUCUACAUCACUAACUCUCACCUGACUGGUGCUAAGGUUUACUACUCGUACUCCACCAAGACAUCCAGCUAUGAGUACACAGACAUCCCCUUCCAUAACCAGUACUUCCACAUGUCCAUGUUGGGCUACAACGCCAGGGACCGGGCUCUGUACGGCUGGAACAACGGACACCAGGUUCUGUUCAACGUCACGUUGUUCCACAUCAUCAAGACAGAGGAUGAAUCCUGA